CAAGUGUACAUACAGCUGAUCGUGAGACGAGGCUGAAACAAUCGCGCCGUGAUUUCCGGUCCCGACAAUCUCGUUCUUCCAAAAUUCCCGACCGCCAUGAGCGAGUGACAGCGAGUACCGGACGAUCCUCCGAGAGUGACAUUAUCUGACUUCAGACUUAAUCGAAAUAAUUGCCGGGAUGUCGCCGAGAUAGCGAGACAAAGCUCUUUCUCUCUGGAGAACCGGACGGUCCAUUUAGAUACCGCGCCUCCCUCACCCCCCCCCCGCCCCUCCUUCUUGUUUCACUUGCGCCACGGAAGAUCGAAAGGACCCCGAGCUUACGAACAUCUAAAGGUCCAUCAGCACGAUUCGACGAUUCAAGACUCCAAAGAUCGAACUAUUUAAAAAUCCUCUUUGGCUAAUAGAAAUAGAUCCUCCAAAGAAUUUUGCUAAAUAUUUGAACUUAUACGUUUUCAAAGGAAACUGGUCUCUGAAAAUCCGAGAAUUGGCUGGCUCUAAUUUCUAAGUAAUUCGACUGUCAGAAUUCCGAAUUAGAGUUUAGAAUUGAUAUCUUUGAAUACUUAACAGAAAAAUUUUAUGUAAAGCUUCCGAUUGAAACUAUAUAUGUAUAGGUAUCUGAAAAUCUAAAAACGUGUACCACUAAUCCAUCAAGUUUCCAAUUAUUUGCUUAAGAAUUUUAGAGGAUUUGCGAACUCUCUGAAAAAAUGUGGUCAAAUAAUUCGAAUUCUUACGUACCUUGUAAUAAAUCAUAGCUUCAUAAUUAUUGGUCAAUGUUAGUGAAGAUCGAAGUAUCGACUCACAAGAGCGACAGAUUGGAAGCUCCUACCGUCGUCGGGACGCUCGAUAACCACGAGAGACUCUUACAAUGGCCAACGAAAGGAUAUCAGGACGUUAUAGUUUUAUCAAAGCGCGUUUUGCUUUCCAAGAACAUCAUUACCAGUUCCGGGUCACUCCGAAGUAAAUCUCUGCUCAAUGACGCUCCAGCUGGGUAAGGACAUCAGCAAGACCAGCAUGCCGGUCAUCUUUAACGAGCCCCUCUCUUUCUUGCAACGCGUCGCGGAAUACAUGGAAUAUGCCAUAUUGCUCAAACAGGCAGCUCAACAAGAAUCACCGAUCUCGAGGCUUCAGUACGUCGCGGCUUUCGCUGUGAGUGCCCUCGCUUCGAACUGGGAGCGCUUUGGAAAACCUUUCAAUCCAAUUUUGGGCGAAACAUAUGAAUUACAGCGCAAGGAUUUCCGGAUAAUAUGCGAACAGGUCUCGCAUCAUCCACCAGUAUCCGCGUUUUACGCUGACAGCGAGGAUUUCAUCUUUCACGGCAGCAUCCAUCCCAAAUUAAAAUUCUGGGGGAAAUCACUGGAGGUGCACCCGAAAGGGGUUGUCACGGUCGAAUUACCCAAAUGGAAGGAGUCUUACACUUGGCAAAAUGUCAAUUGCAUCCUUCACAAUGUCUUGGUGGGCCAACUGUGGAUGGAGCAAUCAGGCCCUCUAGAGAUCAGACAACACGGAGGAGAUAAUUUAAAGGCGAAGUUAUGCUUUAUUAAAAGCACUCUGAACGGCAAGGACGUCCAUCGCGUCGAGGGAUUCAUAACGAAUCAAGAGAAAAGGAAGUUACUUUUUCUUUAUGGCCAAUGGACUGAGGUUUUACGAUCCUGCGAGCCCUCGUUGUACGAGGAAACGCUGGAGAAGAUCAAAUUGGAGGCCAAAAGUCCGCAGGGCAGUCCAGGACACAAAAAGGUCCUGGCGAAGCUUCACAGUCUCAAAGUCGGAGCUUUCAAGCCCCUACAUCAGGAUGCGAUAGAGGAGCCCUUUGGCAGUACGUUCGUUGACGACAUUCCGAUCGUGGACGAGAUUCCAGGAUCUGUCACACUUUGGCAGGCCACGCCGAGACCCAGCAACAGUUCGGAUUAUUAUCAGUUCACGACGUUUGCAAUGUCACUGAACGAGCUGGAGCCCGAUAUGGGAGAAACCUUAUGCCCGACCGAUUCCAGAUUGAGACCGGAUAUCCGCAAGCUGGAGAACGGUGAUCAGGAUGGGUCUGCGUCCGAUAAAGCUAGGCUUGAGGAAAAACAGAGAAAUUCCCGCAAAGCGCGCAAGCAGAAAAAAGGAAACGAAUAUGUUCCCAGAUGGUUCCAAUCCGGUACGAAUCCUUACACGGGUCAGGAGGAUUGGAUAUACUUGGGCGGAUAUUGGGACCGUAAUUACACCGAUGUCGAGGACAUCUUUUAAUGAAGACGCAGCUCAUUAGCCUCCAUUAAUCUAACCGACACCUACAAGGAUCGGCAAUUAAGCGUCGUUAGUGCAAAAUUACAAAUAAAUUGCCUAAGAGGACAGGUGCGUAGAUCGGUAAUAGACGCCAUUAUAGAGAUCAAUGUUUUUGUGUAAAGUAAUUAUGCAAAUAUUGCGCGCACGAGAUUCUUCAAGCGCCAAAAUUGGAACUCGACGAGUUGCUGGGAACUUAUUUCUCACACUCUUCGACGUAGGAAAGACGCGAAUCGAAGAUACAAACGAAUAUUAUUCAAAAACCAAUCUCUGAAAAUCAGGAUUUGUAUAGCUUUCGAACGUUCGAUUGUAUCAUUGGUUCGCGCUUCCUGUCUCCGAUACUAUUUUUAUAAAAGGCCAAGUUGGACGACCGGAAAGGCGAUUCUCUCAUAGUAUGCCUGCUUGAAGAAGCCAUUAGUAAGAGAACGGCAAGAACUGAUUUAAAGUUUACAUAGAAUGUCCUUAAAAUUAGGGUGACUUAUUUCAGGGACAGUCUAUGUCAUUUCAUCGCAGACUAUCGUUUCAAUCCAGGUUUCUCAUCAAUUAAACCAUCACAAAUAGUUAUCUAUGUAUUAAACGCUUUUCUAUCGAUCUGUCAAUUCAAUCAAAUUACUUUUCCGACGUUAUAAUAUGAGAAUCGGACUUAAUUCUAUCCAAGAAUAUUCUUGUAUAUUUAUAUCAAAACUGUAUACAUAAUAGAAAUGUAGAGAAAAUCUUAUAUCUUAUCGAUUGAGAAUGCAAUCUGGAAUUUAAAUCGGAAGAAUGUAUCAUUUUUUAACAGUGAAAACAAGAUAGUGGAAGGUAGAAGACUUAUCUAAAGGUAUAUAUCAGACAGAAAAAUCUGAAAUUGCAAAUAUAAAAAAUACGAUCGAUUUCCUUUCGUAUAUGGUUCUGUCGGACUCUUUGAGCAGGAAUGUUGUAGAUUUUCAUGUAAAUAUACAGCGAUUGUAUAAUACACCUGUACCAAAGUCAGACGGGCCGAGAAUGAUUUUUCGCGAUAGCUUCGAUACCAAUUAAUCCAGCAAUAAUUAUUUACCGUAAACUUUGUGCGUUUGAGUUCACUUUCAAUUUCCAAUCUGGGAAAAAAAUCGCCGAACUUUAACCACUGCGAGACGCUGCGUUGGGAAGAAAUAAGAUUUCAGGAUCCACAAAUUAAUUUGGUGCCAAGGAUCCAUAAGGUUCACAGAUUUAAGGAAACUAGAGCUGAGGAGAACCUGAUGGAAAUAUGACCCGCGCAGAGAUUUGAGAAACGAAAUUUCAGAAAAAGGCUGAAAACUUUGCGAGUCAAAGGCGUAAAGGGGAUUUACUAGUAUAUAUUUGUUGAAUAAACUACGUUACUGCUUCCAGGUAGAAUGUAUAUCUUUUGCGCGAAUAGACGCUUCCUAGGGCAAACCUUGAGACAAAUAUGUUGCGUAUUGCGUGUGCGUUGACAAGCUUAAUUUAAGAAGGACGACAAUAAUUUGAGGUUCUCGAAGAGCCAAAUGUGUUUUAAAUCGUGGAAUAAGAAACAUCUGAAUUCCAAAAGAUUCUAAACCAUACUACGGAACAAGUCGGAAACGAUCUUUCUUGUAAUCAAUCGCAACCUCUUUCUUCUAAAAAAAAAAAAAAAACAUGGUAAUCGAUGAGAGACGCAUUUUGCGAGAGAUCGGAUACGAAAGAUGCAAAAUAAAUUGGGAAGAAAAAGGACUUUUUUUCGCGACGGUUUAUAAUUUUGGAGUUGGAAUGUUCGUUGGAUGGUAUUUUUGGGAUUCGGUAUGAUUUGGAAUUCGGAUCCUCGAAUUAUAAUCCCACCGGUCCGUCGAGUUGAUCGUAGCGCGUGCUUCUCCAGCCCAAGUUCGCCGUCUGCAGACGAUAACUCUCGGCUGAUAAACGGAAUCGCGCAGUCUUAGAGUAGGUAUACGUCAGAGCGCGUCAAUCGCGAAUGAGUUUACGUUAUACGAGUAUACACAUAUCUGACACCCAAUAGAAUUUCUAUGCUUCCACGAGGAAAUGGCGACGCAAAUCAUUUAUACGACGACGAUCGUACCCUACGGGUGAUAAUCACCCGCAUCACCUCUGAGGACCUUAUUAUUGUUAAAAAUCGCGCACGUAGCUUGUAGGAAUAACUCGUUGUGUUUGCGUUGCAUAGAUCACGCCGAUGUGUAACUGUACAUAGACAAUAUAGGCAUACUAGAAAUAAAUGUUGUUAAAAAAGAA